UCAUUGAUGUCAAAUCAAUCAAUUGUCAAAAGGUUAUGUUAAUAACCUCAAAAUUUAUUUUUAAAUGAAUAGUUUCAUUGAAUUACACAAAAUAUUUAGUUGAAUAGCACUACAUUUGGCGAAUUUAUGUGCUUUUAAGUUCUGCGCAACGUCCUUACGAUGUCAACGAAUUAUACAAAGUACGCAAAGUUAAUAAACGCAUCUACAAACUACGCCUCCCGCAUGAGACGGCUCUCCAACCGGAUCUUCGGCGAAGUCGCCAUUCCCACCAAUCCAAAGUCGAUGAAGGUGGUGAAGAUAUUUUCCGCGCGGCCGCUGCACUCCGACAAGGAGAUCGUGGAGUACUACCCGCGGCACGUGGAGACGCACGCGCUGGUGCUGCGGCUGCGCGAGCUCGGGCUGUUCCGCGACGAGCACCAGGACUUCAAGGAGGAGAUGCGGCGCCUGCGCGAGCUGCGCGGCAAGGUCAAGGUGUGGCGCCGCCACCUCGACGACAAGAAGGACUGACGCGUGCUCGUGUUUAUUGUACAUAAGUAGAUGCUAUUUUAGUCUAUUUUGUAAAUAGUUUCAAAUACUAGCCUCAUUCAGUUCAGUGGAAGUCGCACGGUUAUUAGUGAACUGCAGGGCAAAAGGGAAAUUAACUGACUAAAGAAUAGAAUCAGAUGAGUCUUUCAUUAUGUAGCUGAGCAUCUACUCUUUUCAGUUGAAGUACAGGCAUAAAAUGUGGUUAGUGGUUCGCUUUCUGCUCUCCGUUGACCUGAGUAAGUCUAGUAAAGGAUUUCUAAGGUAUAGGGAAAUUAGUAAAUAAAACAUAAGAAAAAAUA